UUACAUAAAAAUUUAAAGUAAAAAUUGCACGAAUUUGAAACAAUAACCCAAUAGAAUAAAUACCCUUACUUUAUUAGCCGUUUACGUUGAAGAUAAUAUCGUACAGUUAUAAACGUUAUAUAGUCGACGAUGGAGUCUACACCGUUACAGGGCGCAGAGAUUCACGUGAAGGCUGAGCCCUUUGAGGACGUGUGUACAGAUGAGCCCACUUUCGAGGUAGUGUUUGUGAAAGACGAACCUCUGGAUGACGCGUGUGAUGACUCGCUUCGCGUCAGCGCGGCGGCGGAACUGUACGACCACGCCGCCAAAGAUGAGUCACCCACAGACUGGGCGCUCGGUGACGCAGACGACCCCAAAUCACACCACGUACCCACGACCAAGACUAAGAAGAAGACCAAGAGUAAGCCAACGCUUGCUGAACGCGCUACAUCGCGACAGAAACACAGACCAUAUCAAUGCAAAAUAUGUAAAAAGCAAUUUGGCGACUUGAGAACGUCAAAUAGACAUAUACUAACACACACUGGCGAAAAACCAUUUGAAUGCGAAAUGUGUCAAAAAAAGUUUUCACGAAUAGAUAAAUUAAACGCGCAUAAACGAGUUCACACCGGUGAAAAACCAUAUCAGUGUGAAAUAUGUGACAAACAAUUCAGGGAUUUGAGUACUGUAAAGAGACAUAAGCUAAUAAUGCAUAAACUAAUACACACUGACGAAAAACCUUAUCAAUGCGAAAUGUGUCAAAAAAUGUUCUCACGAAUAGAUAGAUUAAACGCACAUAAACGAAUUCACACAGGCGAAAAACCGUAUAAAUGCCAAGUAUGUAACAAACAAUUCAACGAAUUGAGUAGUCUAAAGAGGCAUAGGCUAAUACACACUGGUGAGAAACCAUAUCAAUGUGAAUUUUGUAAAAAGUAUUUCCGAGAAUUGAGUACUUUACAUAAUCAUAAACUAAUACACAGUGGUGAAAAACCACAUCAAUGUAAUAUAUGUAAGAAAACAUUUAGACAAUAUGGUCAAUUAGGCACGCAUAAACGCGGAGUCCAUAGCAGAGAGAAAUAUGUAAAAAGCGAUUCAGAUUCUUGAGUACAAUAAAUAAACAAAAGUGCGACGUGUUUGAAGUUAAGCGACUCCAAUAUCUAAUUACGUUAUUAUUGUUACAAAUGAUAAGCAAUUACUAACAAAUUUUAUGGACCAUUAUGUUGUCUUCAAAAAAUAAAUUUUUAUUUACUUUUUCAUUUUUAUCACAAAAUAGCGUUUUAUUGCUCUGUAUCGAUUUACUACAGAUUAAUUUGUAAUUAUAUAAUAAUUGAUUUCAUGGACAUACUGAUUAAUAUAAUUAAAUAACUUAAUUUGUAA